GUGUCGCGCGCACUUGUUUUUCCUUCUCUCGGCUCUCCGCAAAAGGUUCUGCGUCGUCCGUUUCGUGUGCCUAUCGUAGGUUGUUUUCCAUAGUGUUUUUUUUGUGUCGUUCUCGUCUCUGGUCUGGGUUUGUGGUGUUUGUACAAGUUGUUCUUGGGAUCACUGCAGUUGGAACAGUUUGGCGGUGAUCAAUAAAGGCGAUCGAUCUACGAUAGAGUUGCAGGUGUUUUCGAAUUUCGAGAAUUUUUAUCCGGCUGGAUAUUUUCAACCCUUUUAGGAGGUGACAUUCGAUCAGGGGGAUUGUUAAUUAAUUUUUCCGAGCAACGAAAAAUUUUAGUUCAGCGGUUUGAGCUGUGAAAACCUUUGUGGAAAAACCUCCUUUGCUAAGGAAAGGGAGGAAGGAUUGACCGUGAAAGGCGUUUAGCGUGUGCUGAUUAACAUUCGGUAAACAAAUCAAGUGACUCGAUCACAGUUCAACAGUGAGUGACUUCAACGAAUUAAAAAAAAGUGACGAACGUGCUUUUUUAUCCUCCGGCAGAGAAUAAGCGAAAAGUUGGCAAAAUAAACGGAUGAUAAAUGGUGUCAUAUAAAUUACGGUUAAAGUUGUAAAGAUUUUGGGUUCCGAAAAAAGGGAGGAAGAAAGGAUCUUAAUCUGUCAGUGCCAUUUUUUUCGUAAAAAAUGAGUUAAUCCCCGAGUGCAUUUCAAGCUGAAUAUUUCUCACAUUUGGAUCCACAUAUAAAAAGGGAGUUGCAAAUUUUUCCUCUCAACACAGUUUGGUAAAAAGAUUGAAAAAGUGAAAUGAGUGUUCAGUUGUCGAAACCAGUAUGAAGGAUUGCACCCCGAAAAUUCAACAACCCAAGUGAAAACGAAAACAGUUUGGCAGAUCCACUCGCUGAUUAUCGUCGCCCCUUUAUUUGUUGAUCAUGGAUGCUGUUGCCUGAUUGAUGGUGAAUUUUCAAACAACAGAAGCAGAUCGGAUUUUUGAAGAAGAAAAAUAUAAACUGUUGUCCAGACCAGAUCGAAUGCAGAUUAGUCGACCAGAUUGCACACACAAAAGCGACUUGCGUUGCGUUACGUCUCUCUAGUAGGAGGAGUUGCUACAGCUGAUGAACUCAUCGCGCGUUCCGGAGACCUGCCUAUGAGACGCUGCAGCCCAGUAAAAUCUGAUUCGAGAGCCCGGGUGCUAAAUGAUCACUCCAAACACUGAGAGCUUUUGAUUUCCAUAGAGUGGAAGUGGAUUUGGCGUACCUGAAGAAACAUAAGGCAGAUUUUUGGUAACGGAUUUUAGAUUCCUUUCUCCUGGGUUUCUAUGGCAUAGCUUCAUUUCCUAGUGUAGUUGUACAUAGUAAAUAGAUCACUUCCAAUUCUAUCGACUAUCGUAGUCUGUUGGACCAAAAAUCUAUCUUCUAUCUUUGUGAGUAAAUUGACAACGAUUGGCAAUCAACUCUUCAAGCAAACGGUUAUCGGGUUAAACUGAAAAAAAGGUAAAAGGACAAGGACUCACAGAAACUAGGCGCGAGAAAAAGAAAACAAAACAACGUCAAAGCAUGAAGAUCCAAAAGUCACCCGACGCCGUCGAAAUCGAAUCGAAGCCAGAAUGACGGAUGUUGCCUCAUCGCUAGAUGCAUCAGUAAACAAUCCGCAAUCCUCAAUUCGGCUCCGAAAAAAGUCUCCACCAAAAGUCGUCAGCUCCAGUAAUGGGCGCGUUUUGAACAAUACUGGUUUCAGUAGCCCGUCACCCCUAGCAACGGAAAGAUCAGCAACAACAACAACAACACCGGCCAACAACGGGCCUCGAUCGGUUUCUUUCAAUCGGGACGUUCACGUGAAGCGAAUUGGAUCCCGUUCCGAACCUCGAACGAUUCCAUCAAGUGCCAACGUUCGCAAGGAAACGCGAAACCUCUCACCGGAAGCGCUUCGAAAGGAAGCAGCUUUCGUUCUAGCCCAAGCCGAUCGAAUAGAAAGGACUCGUUCACAGAACAACAGUUCACCAGCCAACCUCAAGGAGGAUCGUUUCAAUUCACUACCUUCCCGAAAGUCUCGAAGCAAGGCAAAUCUUGCGCGUAGUUCCAGUGACGCAGCGUCGAAAAAGCCCCAGAAAAACCUUCUGGGUAUAUUCAACAAGGUGAAGAAUGACGUAGGUGGUGGAUCGGUGAAGACUGUUGAAGACAAGCCAAGGGUAACUGUAAGCCGAAGCAAAAGUGACGUUGGGUCUACACGACCUUUGCAGCGGGAUCGUCGAACGCCUCGUCGAAAUACUCAGGAAUUGAAAAAUGAUCAACUGACACCGAUCAUCGAAGCCUCUCCACUCGAGUACACCAAACCCUUGGACCCACUGACAACAUACCAGCUGCAGCAGUCUCUAGUUGGAAACGGCCAGGUGUUUCCCAAACGAUCGACUUCGAAACCAGUAAUGGAAACAAUCGCUCUUCUGCGACAGCAUUCUCAAUCCCCCGAAAGACUGCACAGUUCACAACUUCCUCCCGAGAAACCUACCCUCACGAAGGGUGUAACGGUUGAAAACAUCGUUCGAAGACUUUCAAACGAGCGACACGCAUCACCUCCUCCGGCGCAGAUCGUUAGGGACGGUUUUUCUUACACCCGCCCGGGAGAACCGAUCGUCUACGCUCAGGUUGUAUGCAGUAAUGAAGGCAAGGAGAAGCAUACAAUCCGCAAUCAGUACACCAGCAAUACCAGUGACGAAGAAGUGAAGAAAGCUAGUCCCCACCACGAUUUCGAAGACAUGAUGACGUCGAAGGAUUUCUUGACCAAGCGGCCUAGUCCCCCGCUGCCGAAGUACACGCUAGACGAAACGGACAACUUUCCGAGGACCCGUUUCAAAACGUACAACAGCGACGAAGACGAAGGACUGGGAAUCGAAUACGGCAAACGCUUUUCAUCGUCCUACCUCAACAAAACCCCGGCCUCCAGUACGUUCAUCCCGGUGGACGAUGACCACAUCACUCCGACGAUGAAAUACGUUCCCAGUUAUACCAGCCAUAGUUUCAGCAGCAAUUACCGGGGCCAAGCGGAUGGGAAGGAGUAUUUGCCAGAGUUUAGCGAGCUCAGCCAUCGACGGGAGAUUUUGGAGUCCCGUAUUCGUAGCCGUAUCGGGUCAAGAGAUUUGCUGGACAAAGCAACGCCAGAGCGGGAAAUUAAUAGAGGGUUGAGUAGUUCAAGGUACGAGAACUACCAUUCGAGUUCGGCUCGACGAAGCUAUGAUCGACUGGCUAGUCAAUCGCCGGUUCGUCGAAGGACUGUUUCACCGGUUCCGGUACACGAAGACAUGAUUCAGCGGAAGAACGCCAAGAACCAGUUUGUAGAGACGUUCGUGACGAAGACGGUGGUGAAUCGGGAUGGACGACCAUAUAGUGAGGAGUUUACCGAGAGGUUUAAGUACCCGAAUAAGAACGUUGAAGAUGUGAGAUUGACGAGAACUACGUUUGAUCGCGAGGGUUCAGUCGAACGGAAAGAGGUUCAGAACUUCACUCGUAAUCUUUCGGAGAGCGCUCAUUCGAGACACGUUAUGGAUAAGGGUGACUCGGGCAUUGAGAACGACAUUCGGAAGGACUCCUUCAACAGUGAAUAUCCCUUGGGUAAAAAGUACACUCUAACCCAGAACAUCCAGGCAUGUGAAAGAUUCUUGUGGCAUGAGCGAGCGCACACCAACAACUGCGUUAGAAGGUCAAGGAAAGUGUAUUCGUAUCGGGAGCGAAGUAUUGACGAUGGUAGUCGGUACGAUCCGCGUCUGGAUACGGAUCGUUAUGGUGGUGGACAUCACUCGCGUGAGCUGAAGUCUUCGUUGAAGCAGGAGAAGAAAGUCGGUGGUCUAGCGAAGAUGAAGCAGUUCAUGAGCUCGACGAAAAAGAAGUUGGUGAAGAUGGGUGAUUCAGACAAGAAAGACUCCCGACAAGGAAGCAUUCGCAGUGAAGAACGAAUGCGAUACGACGAUCAAUACAAUUCAAGGGUUCCGGACAUUGCCAAUCGGCGUCGACUAUCGACGCCAAAGUCCAGUCCCUCAACCACAAAACGAUCGCUAUCGUUCAAGAGCACGAAAACCAACGGGACAUCGAAAUCUUCGGGCGAUUGGUUCAAAUCGUUCGACAGAAUGUCCCGCAAGAAGUCGCAGCAAGAUUCCAAAUCGCAGCUGAGCACCGAUGCCAAAUCAUCGAUCGGUGGAACUAAGCAGCCGAAAAGCUUGCGAUUCUUUGGCGAUACCGAUAACGAAUCGCAACCGAAACCUAGUCGUUCCAAAUCUUCCCUGUCGAAGGUACACAAGAAAUAUCAGAGCGCAUACGACCUGGAAGCGACACCAAAGAUCCGGGAGACUCGAUACCGAUCAUCGUCGAUGCAGAACUUAGACGACGAAGAGCAUCGAUAUGAUACCAAGCAAAGGAAUGACCUUUACGAUAUUUCCGAGCAUUCGACGAGCUACAGGACAAGCUCACCGGCCCCAAUCUAUCCACCUCGACGAAAUCGUAGCGUUGGCCGGGACUACACUCCGGAACGAUCGGCAAACCGCAAGAGUUAUUCGGCGAGCCGAUCCCGGGAAAACAGUGUCGAUUUGGUGGAUUCGGAGCGUUAUCAUCAACGGACGACUGGCCGCAGUAGUCGUAGCGAACAGCAACACAGAAAACCACCCUCCGGACCGCAGAAACCGGCCCGAUUGUUCGAACGAGGAGGAAGUCUGACACGAGAAACGGAUCGUGUUCACGAUAGCUCCGGAACCGAGGGUGAAUCUAGUCAACAAAGUCAGCGAAGCGUUGUUUAUCUUCAUGCAACGACCGUUGGUGACAUACCGCAUCCGCAAAUAGCGAACGCACGCCGAAUGGCGUAUUCGAGGGAGUCGCUGAACAGCCCGGCCAGCAAAAAGGCCCCGCCACAACCGAUGACCCGUACCAUUAGCCGAUCAAUCUCGGUCCUAGCCCCCUGGAAGCCGAAGCACAUCCGAGACGGCUACGAGAUAGACUACCACAGCGAUCAGCACCAGGUGCCGAAACCGAUCUCAACCCUGCCGAGACCAGGCAGCAGCAGAAAUCGUUCGAACAGUGCCAGUGGUUCUCAAUCAACGCUCGGUCGAAACAAGCAGAAAACGAAACGAGCCAGUGGCAAAGACGAACCCGAUUCGGACAAAAGCUCCUCCUUCGACAACCCAAGGUCAUCGCUAGGCGGUACGCGGAACAAUCACACAGCGGCGACGAGGAUGCAGUCCAGUAGCUCGAGAACUAACACGCUUCAGAAGCACAGGAAAAUCUAAUCUAAUCGGUCUUCUUACGUAACACCCGCACGCACACAUUCACACGAACUUUCUUAUCGUUAACCAACCCCCGACACGUUUGCAAAUAAGAAUUGUAUUUAUUUUUUGGCGGCGGCAACGGCCAGCAAAACUCAACGAUGUAACUAGUGUGAUUUCUGUUCUAAAUUUUUCUUUUCUAAAAUAAAAAUUUGUUAACAAAUAGAAGCCCGAAAUUUUAACGUUGUUCUCUGUAAGAUGUUUACUAGCGCAAAAUAUAUGUGUACUAAAUCAAUAAAAGCCACCCUGAGAUUGGAGGAGUUUCUUA